AUGACUAGACGUGUGUAUGAGCCUAGCCUCAAGCAGAAUGGCGUGUAUCUUAUUCACCCUUGUCCUUCUCCUCAUGCCGUAGAUACCGAAACACCGCCCCAUCCUAGCGUUGAUACAAGCGAUGCCGAGACUACAAUCGAUUUGUUUAGGCCAGUCUGCAAUGAGGUUGCCAUGGCAGCAUGUCGAGAAAUAAAAGAAGCAAUUUUAGAUAAUUCUGACACAUUAGACAGCAUGGGCGUUUUGGCCAGAUAG